CCUAAACCUCAGCUGGUUGUUCGGGCUCUCUCGGCCCGCGCUCCUGGGAGGCCCUCGGGGCGGCGCCUUGUCAUGCCGCUGGUGCGCUACAGGAAGGUGGCCAUCCUCGGGUACCGCUCCGUAGGGAAGACAUCUUUGGCACAUCAAUUUGUGGAAGGCGAAUUCCUGGAAGGCUACGAUCCUACAGUGGAGAAUACUUACAGCAAGACAGUGACUCUUGGCAAAGAUGAGUUUCAUCUACAUCUAGUGGAUACAGCAGGGCAGGAUGAGUACAGCAUUCUGCCCUAUUCAUUCAUUAUCGGGGUCCAUGGUUACGUGCUUGUGUAUUCUGUCACCUCUCUGCAUAGCUUCCAAAUCAUUAAGAGUCUGUACCAAAAGCUACAUGAAGGCCAUGGUGAAACUCGGCUGCCUGUGGUACUUGUGGGGAACAAGGCAGAUCUCUCUCCAGACAGAGAGGUGCAGGCAAUUCAAGGGAAGAAGCUAGCAGAGUCCUGGGGUGCUACGUUUAUGGAAUCAUCUGCUAGAGAGAAUCAGUUAACUCAAGAUAUUUUCAUCAAAGUCAUCGAGGAAAUCGCCCGUGUGGAGAAUUCUUAUGGGCAAGACCGCCGAUGCUAUCUUAUGUGAGCUCUCAGCAUGGAGUAGAUUGUUUCUGCUGUAGGCGUUUUCCAGCCUGCAGUCAGGGGCAGACCCUCAGGACUUAACUUGUGUGGUUGCCAACUAUGUUCCUGGUCCUGUGGGCAUACUGUGUGGUGCCCUCAUUUUUGCACACUCAUCCCAAGUUCUGAUAACCUGGAUGUUAAUGUUUACAAAGGGGCAAGGCGUCUCAUGGACACUGGCUUCUAACUCCUUGUUUUUUAAAAUUAACUUUUAUAAUAUGUACAGUUGGAUAUGAUAUGAAUCUUGAGCACUCAUUAUCCAGGACCCACCCUCCUGGGUAGUUUUUGGGUGUUGGUUAGGUAAGAGCAUUGGUUGCUUGGCAGUUCUGAAGUAGAACUGGCUCCUGGGGUGACAGUGUGUAUUUGCAAAUAAACUGAGAAAUCUU